AUGGGGUUGCUUGGUGGUUUAGUAUUGAGGGUUGUUCUAGCUGCUCUGUUUAAUUGUUUUGAGCGUACGGUGGAUACCUUUUUGGAUUACGAUAAUUUAUCAAAGGAAAUUGUCUUUACUAUAGAUCGGCCGUAUCAACCAGGUGAGCAGGUGUUCAUUUCAUAUGGAAAAAAAUCAAAUGGGGAGCUUCUAUUAUCGUAUGGGUUUGUUCCAAGGGAAGGCGCCAAUCCUUGUGAUUCAGUUGAGUUGUCAGUGUCACUCAAGAAAUCUGAUCAAUCCUACAAGGAGAAAUUAGAACUCUUGAAGAAGUAUGGAUUAUCAGGAUCUCAAUGUUUUCCAAUACAGAUUACUGGUUGGCCAUUAGAGUUAAUGGCUUAUGCUUAUUUAGCUGUUAGUCCUCCAAGCAUGAUAGCGUGAUUUGAAGAGGUAUGAACUAAACUAACUUUUCUGAUAUUGUUGUUGUAGAACUCAACUAGUGAUUCUUUUGACAGAUGGCUGCAGCAGCAU